AUGGCCAACACGGAGGUCUCCCGUACUCGCCCUUGUUCGUCGUUCCUGCCGGUCUUCCCGCCAGAGCUUUGGAAUAUCAUCAUCGAAUACCUGGACGAUGGAGCGACUGCUCAAAACCUGGGCCGUCUGGCCCAGGCAUGUCCUGCGCUUCAGGCUAUAAUUGAGCCUCGGCUUUAUAACCCUGUUCGGCUACACAAUCCAGAGAGUGGUGCUCGUCUUGCUCGCACAAUCAAGUCUCGCCCGGAACUAGCACCACUGAUCCGCGAACUUCGACAUAAAGAGGACUCUGGGUUUGGCGGUAAUUUUUACAGCUACUGCACAUUCUACCUGAUGGUUUCCAAUUUGCCGAAUCUUGAGCAAAUAUUCAUGAGAAAAGCUAUCGAUUCCAUUGAAACCUCUCAAUCAGCCGAUGAUGAAAGCUUGGAAGAAAUAUACAAUGUGCUGCACCCUGCCCUGUGGUGGUCAUCGACCCCCAAGCAUGUUGCAAUGCCCUUGAAAGAAUAUCGAAAAUAUACAAAUAGUCCCGUCAAAGAUCGAAUUUUGGGAAGUUCAGCUUCCCACCUAUCCCCUGGGGUAGAGUUUUGCGAGUCAAAUCAGUUCAUUGAGUAUCUCCUAAUGGAGACUGGAAUUGAUUGGCGUGAAUUACCCAGGGGUUUACCUUCCAAGGGUCUAUCUUCUUUGCGUGUCUGCCAUAUCGGAACGCAUUGUGACUUGACCGAAAUCAGUAUAAGAGGUCGGAUUCCGAGAAUCAGCUCUGCGAUAUUUCAGCAUUCAGGUUUACGGAAGCUCUGCCUUACUGGCUGUGAGCUGAAACCGAGCACAGAAGCCAUGGCCGAAAACAGCACAGUACUCGAAGAACUGACCGUUUUGAAUUGUUUGACGACACCAGUACAUCUCAAGGAUGUGCUAAGAGUGCCGAAAGCGUUGAAAAAAUUCACGAUCAGAACUGUAAUAGACCCAGAGGAGUCAGAAUGGAGCUAUACCGACGCAGCAGGGUUUCAAUACGAGUCACUCGAGUUUUUGGAUCAUGAUAUUUAUUGGGGAGAUGAGGAGGAGGCCGACUUUUCUGGAUUAGAAAACCUCAAGCAUCUCACUACAACUCUCAGCUCAUUAGCUGGGAAAGAAUGUCAUGAGCUGGACAUCGAAGAUGAACAAAAUUUACCCCAGAGCCUCGAAAGCCUCACACUACGGCUCGAUGAGCACAAGGCCUGGACUAAUUCAGUGAUCUACGAGUUGGUCAAGAGCGAGAAGCUCCCCAACCUACGUCGCUUCACAGUUGAGGUGCCCGAGACCAUGGAGAGUUUUCCCUCGAUCAAUGGAGAUAAAACGAACCCUUCUUGCCUGGAGAUAUGCCAGGAAGGCAAUACAUGGCAAGACAAAUUCAAGGAAAUCAACGUGGACCUGUCUAUGUCCCCCGUUCCUUGCCCACUCGAGGUGCCUAAAUACAACCUCUGCUCCUGUGAAUGUCUGGAGUUCUACCACCGCUUGCCUUCCCAUCCACACAAUGAUUUCAGACACCCUUUGGAAGACGAGGACUCCGACUGGAACCCUUGGGUUGACGAUACUGAACAUGAUAUGGAUGACCAGGGCAUAGACGAUACCAUAGAUCAGUUUGAAAACGACAUGGAUGAUGAGAUAUUUGACUGA